UUGAUAAAUAGUAGAGCAGCUGAUAUCUUGAUAACGUCCGCGCCACCUAUACUUAACACAGCAAAACUAAACUUAACUUAGUUAAGAACCAUUAAGAAUAUUCAUCCGCUAGGUGUCAACUGUUGACCUAGUUCCCUCGCCUAGUAAAAAUAGCGGUCGACAAUAGCUCAAACACUAUUUAUAGUGCGUAUCUAAAAAAAUCUCAAAUCACACACUGUUAUCUCGGUUGUUUUUUUUCGAAACAUCACUCGAAUACCGUCCGUGUGUCAGUCACGUCGUGGUCCGUACGGCGCAAGUCUGGAGCCCACCUAUACAACACAAGUGCUACCGUAAUCGAUAAAACCUCGCGUGAAAGACAGUCAGUUGUUUUUUCGUGAAUACCAGUGCCCUUUUAGUUGCCGCUAGAGAUUUUAGUUUAGUAAACAAGGGAACAUGUUAUAUUAGUGUUUUAAAGUGUUAGAAACAAUGGAAAGUGUUAAGAGGUACAUAAGGAGUGAGUCUGCGAGUUGCGCUCAUAUGGUUGAAGAAAGCACGGCGAAUAACAGGAAGACGGCAGACCCCCACGAGAAGCUGAAGGCUUUGUUGAACUCCCCUGAUGACGAUACGGACGACACCUUGCCUCCAUCAGAUGCUCCUAAAUUCGGGACAGUUAUACACAAUAGAAUUUUCGUGGGAGGCUUCUCUUUGACCACGACUGAUGAGGACCUGUGGAAGUUCUUCUCAGGGUUCGCGACGGUCACAGCAGCCAGGGUGAUCUACGACAGAGCUGGCGUCUCCAAGUGUUACGGCUUCGUCACAUUCGCCAGCCCCAGGGUCGCGAGGCUGAUCGUUAAACAGAGCGGGGGAGUGAUGUUCUCGCCGCUGGGGCGACUGCGGGUGGCACAGGCUGUCAGGAAACAGAUGAGUCAACUCCCAGUGCUAGGGUCCGAGGCAGCCCCCCUGCAGGCUCCACUAUGCUACCAGCUGCUGUGUGCUCCACCCCUCGCGCCUCUGCAGCCGUGCGCGCCAUGCGAGCUGCCUCCACCACCGUAUGCUGUGUACCCGCUGCCGUUUGAUACUACCCCAGCGAUCUACGGACCCCCAGCUCAGUACGCGCUGGUGCCAGCUCCAUACAGCACUCCAUGCUGUGAGCCCUCAUGCUGUGCACCCCUCGACAAGCAGCCCCGGGUGCCGCCGCCACCGUUACACCCCGCGUUCAUUUACUAGACUCACCCCCCAAGAAAUAUAUUAAAGGCAUUCUCGUUUAGAUUUGGAAGUACUUAAAAAAAAUACAACUGAUGGUGGAGUUAAGGUAUGUUUGAGAGAUAAAGAACAUGAACCAGCUAUCGAUAGUAAAAUAGAGGAACAUAAUAACACCUGUAUGGUAUAAAGCCUAUUGUGAGCGAAUCGUGAGUACAGAUGCUGUGAAUAGUCUAUUUGAAUGUACAGCUGUAACAAAGUAUACAAAAACCGAGCAAAAGAUACCGCAAGAUACGAAACCUUAACAAGAUAAGGCCACAACAGCAAUGCAUCUUGUAAAGAUAACGUAGUAUUUGUCAAAAUAUUAACAUUCUCUAUUUGAAAUAAGAUUUUUUCCGCUGUCACGAUAAUAUCUCCUAAAAAUACUAUCAAUAAUUCUUAUAGCCAAUGUCUUUGAUAUAUUUCUUCUCAUAACAUCAUUCGCGAAGAAGGUUAAGUUAAUAUUGUUCAGCUUCUUCGAUGUAUUCCAUCUUGAUUGCUCAAGUCUUCCAAUCCAGUUCAUGCUCAUCUUCAGACAUAACUCCUCUAUGAAUAAACUGUCUGUGAGUUUGUUUGUGACUAAUCUACGGACAUCCAGCUGCGAUGGUAUAAGUGUUCAAGUUGUCACGUUUGUUUACAUUUCUCUGAUUGUCUGGUCGCUUUUAUUUAUAGACGUAAGUACCUAUAUUUAGCUUCAACCUGGUAUAUUUAAGAAACCGUGGAUUCACGUGCUAUCAUUAUUACUAUAGUGAAUUUUAUUGGUGUAUCAAAUUGCUGUUUGAAUCAAAUAACCUUGAUCAUUCCGUGUCGUGACUUUCAAGUUUAGAUAAAAAUAAUUAUGUCAUCCAAAUACCUACAACGAUCUAAAUGUGACAUGCUUGUAAUAUCUGUGUUAAAUUUUCAAAAUAUUUAUGGAAUUUAUUCUGAAUUUAAAGUAAUAGUUACCAAA